ACCAGAGAGGCGGGUGGGAGUCUCGCAUAGCUUUGCACAGCGGCUCUGCGAGUCUAGAGGGGAGACCGCGGACUGGAGCCAGCCGGUCUGGGGCUGACCCGGAGCGGGAGCAGCCCAGGGCCUGGGGGGCGGGCGGGCGAGCAGCGGCUCAGAGCGAUGGGGAGAACGCGCCCACUAGGCCAGAGGAGCAGCAAAGCGAUCCCCUGCCGACGCUCCCGCAGCGCUGGGGCCAGUUCACACUUGAGGUGGGGGUCAGGAGUGGCGCCCGCGCACUGGAAGAGACACGUGGUCACCACGUUGUCGAGGCGCCCGCGGGGGUGGGGGGGACACGCAGACUCUGUGUCAGCCAGCCUCCUUCUGGGGACCCGCUACACUGUGGCCAGGGCGCUCCCUGGCGGGGGCGCUAAGUAGAGGCAGCCCGGCAGAGUCCGUUGCGCAGCAGCGAAUUGGACACGACUCCGCGCGCUCAACAGGCCAAGGAUCCGGCUGCCCGCAGACACCGACUAAUCGUCGGUGCCAGCAAGAUAUUCGCAGCCCGGCUUCUGCACGAGUCCCUGCUGCUGAGGCGGCCGCCGCCGCCUCCCCCCGCACCCAGGCCGCUUGCAAAUGGAUUCGUCUCCCGAGGCGGACUUUCAGCGCUGCCUGCUGUGCCAGGAGCGGUACGGCCCGACCCGCCUCCUGCAGGCUCUGCCCUGCCUGCACCCCGUCUGCUGCCAGUGCCUGGAAGCGCAGCGCCUGCCCGCGGCCGCCUUCCCCGCGCCCGAGCUGCGUUGCCCCAUCUGCGAGCAGAAGGCGACGCUCUCAGAGCUCUGGGGCAUGGACGAGCUGCCCUCCUCCAACUUCCUCCUCGGCAACCUGCAGGACGUGGUGGGGGCCGCCGCUGAGGAGCAGCACCACAGCGGUCGGGGCCCCACUCCCCCCCCGCGCCAGCAGCAGCAGCAGCAGCAGCACCGCUGGUCCAGCAGCGGCUUGUCCCCCGCCGCCGCAUCUGCAGCCGCCCCGGCCCCGGCCCCGCUGCAGCUCCGGUGGCCGUACAGCCGGCAUGGCGAGCCCCCCUGCAGCUCCUGGAACGAGCACAACGCUGCCAGCUUCGGCUGCCUGGACUUCCCGGAGCUCCUGGGCGACAGCGGCGUGCGGGCUCCCCGGCGUGUCAGCCGCACUAUGGACCAUUUCAUCGAGCGCUUCGGCCGGGCGCCCGACCCCGAGCCGGCCGCCCAGCCCGCCCCGGCCCACGCCGCCGCCGCCGCCGCCUCCGCGCGCGACGGCAUCUUCGCCUUCUUCCUGGACCGGGCCAGCUACUGCCGGCACCACGGCAACGAGGUGCUGCAUUUCUUCUGUGACACUUGUUCUGUCCCCAUCUGCUGGGAAUGCACCACGGGACCACAUGUGGGUCAUAACUUUCUGUACCUCCAGGGUGCCCUCCAGGAUUCCGGAACCCUCACCAUUCAACUGCUAGGAGAUGCUCAGCAAGGACUCCAGGCUAUUCAGCUGAGUAUUGAACAGGCCCAAGCUGUGGCAGAGGAGCUUGAAAUGAAAUCACAGGUGCUGCAGUCUGAAAUCAAAGCUAUGACAUAUCGACAUAAGAAGGCCCUGGAAAAAUGGGAGUGUGAGCUGCUAUGGAAGGUGGAAAAGAUUAAUCAAGUCAAAGCCAAGUCCCUUUACCUUCAAGUUGAAAAGUUGCGUCAGAAUCUAACUAAACUGGGCAACACUAUUAGUGCAGUUCAGCAGGUCCUAGAGGAGGGUCGUAGCAUGGAUAUUCUCUUGGCUCGGGAUUGCACGCUGGCUCAAGUGCAGGAUCUGAAGAAUGUGAGAGGCCUACAGCCACAGGAGGAUGACACAGUCAUGUUCACUCCUCCUGACCAGGCUCUGUAUGCAGCCAUUAAAUCAAUGAGGUUUGUUGGCAGUGGGGCUUUUGCUUCUCUGACCAGAGCCACUGGGGAAGGUCUCAAAUGUGCACUACAGGGCAGAGUGGCCUCCUUCACAGUGACAUGCUAUGACCAUGAUGGUAACCCAUGCCUUUCAGGGGGCGAUACAAUCUCUGCAGUGGUGAUGGGUCCUGAUGGAAACCAGUUCGGCACAGAUGUCCAUGAUCAGCAGAAUGGAACCUACCUGGUCAGUUACAGACCACAGCUGGAGGGAGAACAUCUAGUCUCUGUCCUGAUGUGCAACCAUCACAUAGAGAACAGUCCAUUCAAGGUCAUGGUAAAAUCUGGGCUCUGUUACAUUGGCGUUGGACUACAAGGGCUUUCAUUUAUCAUCGAGGAAAACAAAGGAGGCACCUCCCUCCCGCCCCCCCAGCACAAUGGGUUGCCUGGAAGAAUCAAACUGGCAGCUUCACAUUUCCUUGAUCAUGCUACUCUCCAUGCACACGAAGGGUGCCUUGGCUGGACCAGUUGUUGAUCCACAUGUAACAGCAGUUUGGGGGAAGAAUGUCGCCCUGAAAUGCAUAAUUGAAAUAAAAGGAACAAUAACACAAAUCUCAUGGGAGAAGAUGCAUGGUAAAAGUAAACAGACCAUUACUAUUCUUCAUCCUGAAUAUGGGUUGCUGUUCGAGGACAAUACCAAGGAAGAGUGUCACUUGAGAACUACUCACUUACUGAUGCAACUAUCAUCCUAACAAUAUAAGCUUCUCUGAUUAGGAGAAUAUGUAUGCAAAGCAGUUACAUUCUCACUAGGAGAUAUUCAGUCAUCAGCAACUGUAACUGUAUUGGGUAUGUUUGCUUCUUAAUUUUAUGUUUGAUUAUUUUAGCCCCCAAAACCUCCACAAAAAGCUAAAUAAACUUCAUAGGACUUGGCUCCAUGCAGACAUCGUAUGUAGCAAGCUGAGGUCUGAAUCUACAGCACAAUAUCUUGCCACAUAAUGAUUGCCCAUGUUUAUCUUCCUACUGUGGACUGAAAGUUCAGUAGUGGGGUUUGACAAAUGUUUCAAAUAUUGUUAGCGGGCUCCAGCUUCGUAGAGAAGUGAUCCAAUUUCUUAAUGCUGUGACUUACAGAAGUAUAUAACUUAUUCUUCUGUCUCAAGUUUACUUUAACAAUCCUCUUAGCUGAAUUAGAAGACAACACAGAGCAGGUGUUUUAAUGCAGUAUUAGUGGGUUUGUGACUUUUUUUUGUCAUUGUGGCCACAUCCAUGAGAGGACUACAAGCCUUUCGAUUUAAAGUCAUUCUUAGUGAUUUAGGGAGAACUUACAUAUUUUAAAUCAGAAGAUCCAGGCACUCUGUCAAAUCAUCCAAAAGCUGAGAAUAGUGGAAGAAGGAGAAAAUAAACAUUGAGUGAUGGAAUAAUAUACUGGACAGUGCUUGCUGAGUGAAAAGAUUCUUUGUUGGGUCACAAUAGGCUGAGAUGAAAUUGUUGCUACUUCAAAUAUUGGACAAAUAUGUGCUAAAAUAGUACAAUUAAUUAAAAAUUAAACUUUCACACGCUAGUAUGUUUAAAAUAAACUGCACAUGAAUGGGAAAAAUUUAAAGCAUUUUUAUGUAUAAGCUUUCUUCUCAAAUUUUAGAAACAGUUCAAGUAAAGGCAAAAAACAACUUAAAGCUUGUUCUGAAAUUUUGAAUAAAUAAUGUAGCUCUUGACUUAAAUGGAAAAAUCAAUAUGUAAUUUAAAGGAGCUCUUCAGGAUGUUUCGGGUGUAUUGAUCUGAUAAGAUACUAAAUGACUAUAGAAAGGCUUUUGAUGGUGAAAUAAGUUAAUUGCUGCGUACUGUUUUAAAAAGAAAUGUAAUGGCUCAUUAAAAGAUUCGGGAGGGUAGUCCAGCAAAUACGAAGCAAUUCAUUUUUUCCAAAAAAUUGGAUAUUUAAGAUGGUUGAAGUAAAAGCUUAACUGGGGCCUUAUCUUACUAAUCCAUAUUCUUAUUUUUUUUCUUUGAUAUUAAUGUCAUUAACAGUGGUUAAAAUGAGUUUAGUUUGGUUAUAAAUUAGUGAUUUUAGCUAAAACACUAGAGACUAGAGAUACAGGCAGGAAGAAAAAAGUGUGGACAAACCCUCACCAAUCGGAGGUGAAAUGAUGCAUUGUUUCCAUUCUGUAAGUAAUUUUGCUCUUGGCUGUAACAGCGUUUUUGUAAAAAAGAGCAGCUGUAUUUAAGCAAAACAAAAAGAUUUGAUGAUGGAGAAAUUCCUGAAAAUAGCAGAAUAAUAUAUCACCAUUAAACAUUUUAAGCAAUAAUGUUAGUUUUAAUACACAGGGACAUGUUUGGUGCGGCAAUGACUGUAACGAGAAUGAAUUUUUUUGAGUUCAUAUUUGUCUCCCAGUUACUCUAGCACAGUAAGUCCUAGAACUGCUUCUGUGAAAUAUGGACUAUUAUUUUCUUUGUGGGAUGCUUCUUUCUACAACUUGGAUUUGAAGCAACAAGUUUCUAGUUCCUCAGUUACUUUUCUUCCUUAAAGAAUUAAUUUAAGAGGCUGAACGAGUAAAGUGUUCCAGGUUAAGUACGGCACAAAAGAAUUGUUUGUCAACUGUAGAGCUCUGUGGGUAAGGGGAAGGAUGGGGCACCUUGAAAAAUAGUUGGAUACAAAGAAAUUCUUUGUCAUAAGGGCAAUCAGGAAGGCCUCUGUCCUGCAGACUGUCAUUGUAAGGACAGAGAAGGCCAUAAUUGUGGCUUAGAUGGUGCAUUGUGGAAUACCCAUGAAACAGAUGUUGUGUAGGUAGAAAGUCUCCAGGACUAUAGUAACAUGAAGAACAGUACACAUUUUGAGUUUAGACCUGACACAGGUCAUGCUACGUUUUGACUUUAACAUGUUGUCAUAAACAGAUAGUUAAGGGUUAAUGUCUCUUUUACCUGUAAAGGGUUAACAAACAGGGAACCAAACGCCUGACCAGGGGACCAAUCAGGAGACAAGAUACUUUCAAAUCUCGGUGGAGGGAAGCCUUUGUUUGUGUUUUUGGGUUUGGCUUUGUUCUCUCUGGGUUCUGAGAGUAACCACACGUACCUACAGGCUCUCUAAUCUUCUGUUCAAAUUUAGUAAGUACAAAAGGUAGAAAACCCGUUUAGUCUUUGUGAUUGUUUUUCUUUAUUUGCAAAUGUGUAUCUGGCUGGUAGAAAUUAAAUGUGCAUCUGGCUGGUAGAGUUUUAAUGUGUAUUUGGCUGAAAGUAUUUUAAAUUGUAUUUCUGUUGGAGGAGGCUUUUUCUCCAGUUUCUAUAAGCUGACAGACCUUGUAACUUUUACCAUCUAAAAUACAGAGACAUCUUUCACUUUUUUCUUUCUUUUUAUUAAAAGUUUUGCUUUUAAGACCUGUCUGAUUUUUCCCUCUUGUUGAGGCUCAAGGGAAUUGAGUCUGUACUUAACAAGGAAGGAGAAGGGAGGGGAAGGGUGGAAUCCCUUUGUUUUAUAUUCACGGAGCGUGAAUCUAUCUCUCUCUCCAGGAGAUCUAAUUUCUCUGUGUUGUGAUUUAAGGAGUUUGAAUCACAGUAAUCUUCCAGGGUAACCCAGGGAGGAGAAGGCUGGGAAAGGCAACGGUGAGGAAAGGGGUUUACUUUCCAUGUGUUAAGACCCAGGGGGUAUGGGUCUUGGGGGUCCCCAGGGAAGGUUUUGGGGGGACCAGAGUGUAUCAGGCACUGGAAUUCCUGAUUGGUGGCAGCUUAUCAGAUCUAAGCUGGUAAUUAAGCUUAGAGGAAUUCAUGCUGGUACCCCAACUUUUGGACUCUAAGGUUCAGAUUGGGGAAAGAUACUAUGACAUGUGUAGUCAAAGGGGAAUGUUUUUGAGAGGUGUGAACUUCGGAAGCUUUUAGUUGAGCAGUAAAGUGAGAUGUCCUUAAAUAUUGGUGGAGUUAAAGUAUGGCCAUGUGUUGUCAGACAAAGGAAACUUCUCCAAAGUCCUAGCUUAAAUCAGGAAUCCUACUUCAGUUUCCAAACAGGCUGUGAUAAGUAUGUCACUAGUUCUAAUUUGUUUAGCUGUUGCUCUUAACCUGGGAAAGUGUUAAAAUGAGUUAUCAAUAUUUACCAUCCAUUCAUCAGUUAUGCAGUGUCUGAUCAAGUCUUGAUGUAUUACUGAGCUCUGUUCCUUCCUCCCCUUGUCAGUGUGGACUGCAGAAUAGUCUAUUACUGUCUAAGCCUUAACAUAUAGUGCUUUAUUGCUAUCAUUGGUUAGGUGAGUUGGUUAAAUUGCACUGUGAGCCCCUCAAGCCUCUCUCUCAAGAAUUAGGUGUUUAAGUCUCCCCCAUGCUUUCUUUUCUUCUUCAGGUUUCCUGUAGGUUUCAUCUUGAGCAGGAUGGUUCCUAGCUUCAAUUUUGAUACUUUUCUCGAGGAAACCUCUGCCUCAAAAGU